AUGGCUGCAAUCCUCAUUAGUCUCAUUUUGACGUGCAGUUUCUCUCAGGCAGUAGCUAUGACGAGCAAUGAAAAUGAGGUAAGUGGCUUAUCAACUUACAUCGUUCAAGUGAGGAGGCCAGAAACUGGAGUGUCAAUGCAAUCAUCAGAUAAAGAAAGCUGGUAUCAUUCAUUCUUACCAGUUACCACCCCAACCUCAAACCACCAACCACCACGAAUGGUGUAUUCCUACAGAAAUGUGGUUAGUGGUUUCGCUGCAAAACUGACACCAGAGGAAGUAAAAGCCAUGGAAACCAAGGAUGGGUUUGUAUCAGCCCAUGUUGAAAAAAAAUUGCCUCUUCACACAACUCACAGUCCUAGCUUCUUGGGUUUGCAACAAAAUUUGGGAUUUUGGAGAGAAUCAACUUAUGGCAAAGGAGUGGUUGUUGGAGUUUUGGACACAGGAGUAACUCCGGGCCACCCUUCAUUCAGUGAUAUAGGAAUGCCUCCACCGCCAGCAAAAUGGAAAGGGAAAUGUGAAUUCACUGGGACGGCUUGUAAUAACAAGCUAAUUGGGGCGAGAAAUUUCGGCGACGCUAGUCCUCCUCUUGAUGAGGAAGGGCAUGGAACUCACACUGCAAGCACAGCGGCUGGGAAUUUUGUGGAAGGUGCCAAUGAGUUUGGUCAGGCAAACGGCACGGCAGCUGGCGUGGCGCCUUUAGCUCAUUUGGCGAUUUACAAAGUUUGUGGUGAUGUUGGUUGUGCUGAGAGUGACAUUUUGGCUGCAAUGGACACUGCUAUUGAUGACGGUGUUGACGUGCUUUCGCUUUCACUUGGUGGUGGUUCUGUGCCAUUCUACGCUGACUCUAUUGCACUGGGUGCAUUUAGUGCUAUUCAAAAGGGCAUUUUCGUAAGCUGCUCAGCAGGAAAUGAGGGACCAUUUUAUCAAUCUUUGUCUAAUGAGGCUCCAUGGAUUCUUACAGUUGGAGCAAGCACUAUUGACAGAACCAUAGUUGCAUUAGCACAGCUUGGAAAUGGCCAAGUAUACGUUGGUGAAUCUAUAUUCCAGCCAAAAGACUUCCCUGUCAAGCAAUUGCCCCUCGUUUAUGCAGGUGCUAAUGGUAAUGAAUCAUCUGCAUGGUGCGCACCAGGAUCAUUGCAAAAUAGUGAUGUUCAGGGCAAGGUAGUGUUGUGUGAGAGAGGUGGAGGAAUAGCUAGACUUGAAAAGGGACAAGAAGUGAAAGAUGCUGGUGGUGCCGCCAUGAUUCUCAUGAAUGACGAGCUUAAUGCUUACAGUACCUUAGCUAAUCCGCACGUACUUCCAGCAACACAUGUCAGUUAUGCUGCAGGAUUGAGUAUUAAAGCCUAUAUAAACUCAACAUCCUCACCAACGGCCGCAAUCGUGUUUAAAGGAACUUCAAUUGGCAAGAAAUCUGCUCCUGAAGUUAGUGCUUUCUCCUCAAGAGGUCCUAGCUUAGAAAGCCCUGGAAUCUUAAAACCAGACAUUAUCGGACCAGGGGUGAACAUUUUAGCUGCCUGGCCAAUUUCCGUGGAAAACAACACCAACACAAAAUCAACAUUUAACAUGAUUUCCGGAACCUCAAUGUCUUGCCCUCAUCUAAGUGGUGUCGCUGCUUUGCUCAAAAGCGCACAUCCUGAGUGGUCACCAGCUGCAAUAAAAUCUGCCAUCUUGACAACUGCUGAUAUAUUGAAUCUUGAAGGCAAGCCCAUUAUUGACCAAAAUCUUCUUCCAGCAGACAUUUUUGCGGUUGGUGCAGGGCAUGUUAACCCAUCAAAAGCAAAUGAUCCGGGGCUUGUUUACGACAUCCAACCAGACGAUUACAUUCCCUAUUUAUGUGGCUUGAAUUAUACAGACCAACAGGUAGGAUCCAUUGUACAGCGUAAUCUACAGUGCUCAAAUGUGUCAAUCAUACCUGAAGCAGAGCUAAAUUACGCUUCAUUCUCUAUCAUAUUGAACUCUACAACUCCUCAGACAUACACAAGAACAGUAACAAACGUUGGCCAAGCUCAGUCAUCUUACUAUCCUAUGAUUGUUGCACCACCAGGAGUGGACGUAAGUGUGAAACCUGACGGGAUUAUGUUCACAGCGACGAACCAGACGGCGAAAUACUCCGUGACAUUCACAAAAAUUCAGAACAUUGAUGCAGAGUUUGCCCAAGGAUAUUUGAAUUGGUUUUCUAAUGAGCACACCGUCCGCAGCCCAAUAGUUGUGAUUUUUGAAUGA